AGUUAGCUUGGCUCUACCCGUACUAUAGAACAUUCUGACUGUCUUUCAGUGAUGUGGUAGGCUGUGCCCUUCUUGUGAGUGAGAACUCGGAUCAUAGACACAGUGGCUACCUCUCUGACUGCUAGUACUAGGUGGUGGCAGUCCCGGAACGAAGUAGUGCGGCUCAUGAAAAUCAGCACGCUCAAGUUGGAAAUAGUGUCACGCUAGGCCAGGCGCCUUACCUACGCAGUGCGUGUUCGACUUUGGUGACAAGUAACUGCUGGUAAAGUACGCAGCAGAUCCUGAGAAAGGAUGGGCGUGCUUCUGAAGCUUCUGCCAGAUGCCGAGGAAAUUCUGCAGGACGCCAUGUCAACCACCGCGCCAGCGCUUCCGGGUGCGCAAGCGACGGUCCAAGGAGGUGAUACAUGUUCACCUAGUUUCUCUCGCGUUGGACUUCGUCGACCUUCUGUGGUGCAGAUGAGCAGCGUCAAUCCGUACGCAGCUGCACGCACAAGAAGAGUGUCCUUCCUCCGCCUAGGCAAUGAAUCCGCUAACUCUCCAGGGACUCGCUUUUUUUCUGAAGCAUUAGCACCCGGCCGCAGCGCAGCAGCCGCAAGCGGCAAUCGACAGAACGUAAUAGCCGAUCGCGUGUGCCUCGCUAGUCGUUUGCGCGGGACUGCUUUUGGAGCACGAGCACCACAAGUUGGUGUAGCACAAACCCCUAGAGCUUCUUCACGUCGCUUACCAUCUGACUACUUUUCGACAAAGUCGCCUCCGGCGGUACCUAUUAGUUUUUUGUUUUAUCAGAAUGAAUUUGCAUGCAUAUGCUGGUCUCCUUGUUGUUAUUCACUCUUUUCUUCAUAUUCAUUCUUGCAGACAGUGCUGUGAAUAUGAUGCACUUCAUCGCUGUGGAAGGAAAAUGAACUUUACUCAUCCUCAAAAAACGACGUACUUCAAAAACCGAGUUUAAUUUUACCGCUUGGCCAUCCUCUAUCCCUAUUCAAACUAGGCAAGCAGUAGCAGACCACCGCAACAUCCAAGUGCAAAGGGUGUGAGUAGUGACCACAAGGUGACCAAUAAGGUCUCACUUAGUGACUCUGAGCGUGCCGAAGAUAAAUGCAUCGCCGCUCUCGAGAGAGCCGGGAAGCUGCUGAAGGCGCCGACGAAGCUGACACAAAAUGCCCUAGGUAGCUUAGGCAUCGACGGCUGCGAAUUCCCAGUGCCACUCUUUAAAGUCGCAGCUUCACUGCGAGCAAAUCCAAAGCAGGUGACACGAGCAGAAAGCAAGGUGCAGCUGCUCCGAUUUGGAGCCGCGAACCUCUUCGCGCAGAUCGACGACAAGGGCCAGAUGGGGAGUGAGGACGACAUGGUACAGAGAACCACAUAGUAGCCGCACCUUUUUACAAGCAGCCGAUCGAUGACGUUGAGGGAGUAUAUAUAUGCACUGGAGGAGCUUGCGGGGGAAGUGAUUAUACUAACUGGCGAGUUAACUUAGGCGAGAGAAAAGACACGCUCUCUGGAAAGUUCUUGGACGACAGUCGAGAAAAAAUGUCGGCUGAGGGACCCACCAGGGAGAGGGUUGUAGGGCAACGGGCCCCGAGAGCCCCGUCGUGUGCGGAGCGAAAAUGCACUCACGCGCGACGCCGCUGGUCGAUGCACUGGCGCAUCCCAGCGAGGGCGAACUUCGGUUCGCGCCUCCGCGGGAGGCUCGGGCGCGGUCGGGUGAGAGCGUUAAUGCUACACCCACGGGGCGGAGUUCACAUGCAGAGCGGAGCGGAGCGGUGCGGGCUGCCGGCGCACGGGCCAAAGCGCUCGCGCGUAGGCCGCGGGAGGGCCAACGCGCCCUCCGGCGGUGCGGUGGGCAGGCGCGUGGCGCCCAGUGGGGGGCGCUGGGGAGCCCGUAAAAAUCGGGCUCCGCCGCGCGCGCGGCGCGCCAUCCCCGCGCGGGGCAAAAGUCGCCGCGUGGGGUUGGCGCUUGUGGCAGCACACUUUCGCAACGUCGAGCUGAGACCUAGCUUGGGCAGGAUUAAAAAUUUUCUUUUUCCCAAAAAUCCAGGGACUUUCUGCGCGCGUAUAGUCGCAAUCUAGAAGCUAGUAACUAGCAGCGCCCCCGCGCUCUGGUUUUUGCAAAAACAAAAAACAAAACGACCCCCCCGAGGCCAUGGAGGCGCUGCGCAAGCAGCUCGAGGAGAAGACGCAGCAUGGGGAUAGACUCUAACUCAUAUUCUGCGCAAACAUCCAGGACCGGACUGCGGCACUCCGACAGAUGGUCGGCGAACUUCCGGAAACGGAAUCCAUCGACACGGUCAAAAAAGACCUGGAGGACCCGCGCUUCGUGGGGGAGGGCGGAACCCUAACCGAAGCGGGCACCACCUUGAUGCGGUUCCACUUGUGGCUGGGCGCGUACCGCGGGGGACUGGUGGUAGAACCCUGGGCCUCGAAGUCUCUGACUAAAAGAGAGACUUUUGAAGCCGGCGCGAAGCUCGCCGAAAAACGAAAGCUCCGGGAGGAGAGUCCGCAGCUGAACUUGGCGGAAGUACCGGCGCAGACCGCCAAAAAGGAGGCGGCCGCCCGCUACCUGAUCGAGCGCACCAACAAAGAGGUGCCUGGCGAUUGGGACGCGAAACCGGCCAAACACCGCGGGCGUCGGUCCGCAAGGCGCACGAGGAGGAGGGCCGAAAGCUCCUCGAAGAAGAGGAGAAGCAGCGCAAGGCAGACCUCGACGCCAGAAAAAAGAGAGACGAGGAGGACUCCGCAGACUUCGCCGACAAUGGCGGAGGAUCCUCGGAGGAGCCGCCGGAGACGGCGGCUCUCGCCUCUGUUCAAGACGUUCGCAAAGAAGACCGCGAAAGCCAUUGCAACGGCUUUGAACAGCAGCGGGGAAGACAAGUCCUCUCCUAUGACGACACGCGCCGGGCUAGCGAAGGGGAAAAAUCCCACGUCUACCGACACGUAAACGGCGUCGAGAAGAAGACGGGAUCGAAAGUCGCCUGGCCAGGCCUUCCGUCUUAACACCCGGCGCGGAAGUUGCGGACGCGCAGGAGCAAUAUAAAAGCUGCUUCUUCACGAACGGAGAAAAAGCCUCGAAGCAGGCAAGCCACGCGCUCACCGCGUUGCUAAAACAUGCGGAAAAGCACGGCCUCCGCCCCGUUUUCGACGUGGACGAGAGCAGCGUCUUAAACACAACGGCAGGCCAACGCCUCAACCAAAAGGCGCUGGCGCUGCUCUUCGGAGCGUACGCGGCCGCAGGCAUCUGGGGCGAAGCCCAGGUGGGAAAAAACCAACCCAAGGCUUCAAGUUGCGCCAUCGUUCGCAGGUUUUAACGGAGACAACCUGCAGCGCACAAGCAGCGCGCUCCAGAACCUGGCCCGGAAACAGGUCGUCGCCAGCGUCCCGGCUGACUACUGGGACAGAUGCAACCUGGGCCAGUGCUUGGAGACGCUGCGUCGCGUGGAGAGCGCCACCAACGGCGCCACCGUCCGACCUGCAGCCUUUCGAUUUCAUGACGGAGCUCAGCGAGAACGUCCCAGAGAUCGCCUCGACGCGCUCCAACAGAAGGCGAAGCGCUGGGAAACCGGGCUGGUGAGCAGGUACAUGCUCAACCUGCUGGCCUGGUGCAGCCGCUUCGGUCUCCACCUCAUUGACGAGGUGCGCUACACCGACGAGGAAGACGGGGGAAAAAUCAAACCGCCCGUCCAAAAAGCGUUCUUCAAGGAAAACAGGGCGGAGGUCAAAAGUGAAACGCUCUCCAUGCGAGAGGCGGGGGCGAGCUUAGGCAAACCGAAAAGCGAACGCGUGGCGGUCACACUGCGCUCCCGUAGCCACAGCCGCCGCCGAAGCGAAUCGCGAGAGCGAUCGGCAAGCGAAGCAAGGCCCGCAAAACCCGUCUGGCAGUGACGCCGACAGCGGCGGAGACGACGACAUGGGAACAACCAUGCCGAGCGACACUUGGUUGGAGGGGUUGGAUCUGGAAAAAAUAGACUCCAGCCCGGCCAUGGGCCCAGUCUACAGCCGCCGCCUCGAUAAGCGUGUCGAUGUGGGACUCGCCGAGCGCCGGAACGCGAAGGGAGGCGCCCUGAGUAAGAAGCAAAGCCUUGCGUCGGGGCCGUUGGCCGUUGCGGGAGGCUUCUGCCUCUCUCUCUCUCCUCGCUUGUUCUUUUCUAGGAGCUCUGCGGCGGUCCUUUGAAGGCCAUCGAGAGUGGGCUCUGGCUCCCCUCGGUCUCACUUAAGUCGGUGGCCUCUCUUCCAGUUCGUCUAGAUAGGUUGGCACAGGUUGAAGAAGUAAAGAAAAAGUAGAGUAAGGAGGGCCGUUUGCAGGGACAACCUUGAACAGAAGGCGCGUGGAGUGGGUCUGUGUCACUCGCAGCUCGUCUGCUAGUCUGUAACUGGUUCGGGGAGUAGUGGGGCAAGGGGAUAGAACAAGUUCGGUCUCUUCUCUUUUGUGUAGUGAGGCUUGUCCUCUGUCUUCUCUCGGUAGCAGUUGUCCCUUUUCAAGCUUUCCCCGGUGGUGGCUGUCUUUCCCCCCCUCUUGCCCUUGUUUCCCUUUUAAGCCUCUUUGGCUGUUCUUUUCAACGUCUCUAGGUACGUAGCCUCUCUAGAGCCCUUCGCCCGUUGGUUCUUCUUCGCGGAGUGUCUUGCACUCUCCCUCCUCCUCAGCUCCUUGCGGAUUUGGUGUGCUGAGUCCUUCCCGCCGGUCUCCGUGUGUGGGAUAUCUUGUCCCUCGGAGUGUUGGUCUGCCGUGGUAGUGUCCGUGAAGUGGGCCUCCCUUCGUCUUCUCGCGUGAUUUCUACUGCUCGAGGCAGUGCCGUCUUCCUUUCAGGAUGGUUGACUGGCUUCCCUUCCCCCUUUCACUCCUCUUCUUGUUGGCGAAAGGGUAAGGAAAUACUAGGAGAGUAAACCCCGGGACCCUUUUGAGGUCGAGUUAGAAGCAUUUUUCUCCAAAUUUUGACAAAUUUUGGCAAAUUUUGACAAAGCGCAAAAAAGUUUUUGGCGAGGGUUGUCAUAAUUUUGACAAAUUUUGGCAAAUUUUGACAAAGCGCAAAAAAUUCCUUGGCAAGGGCUGCUACCCAUAAUUUUGGCAAAUUUUGCGAAAGCGCAAAAAAACUCUUCGGCAACUUUUGGCAUAAUUAUGACACAUUUUGACACAAUUUCGAAAAAUUUUGAGAAAACUCAGAGGAUGCCCUGGCAUCAUUUUGCCAAACUUUGACACAAAUUGGCCACAAUUUAGCAAAAUUAGAGGAGCUUGAAAACCCGACCAAGGAACUUGGAAGCCCAAAAAACCCGGAACCCUUGGCCAAGGGACGACCCCCGGGCGGUUGUACCUAUUUGGGGCGCUUGGCUGCGGGGUCUGUCCAACUGAUCAGACCACUCGUCGGACCGCGUCGACAAACUUGGAGCGCUUGCAUGCCUGUGGGAUCUGCUUGGCCAGAGUUGUCAGAUCGGUCGCGUCGCCUCUUUUGGAUUCCAAAGCCCAGCAAACUCGGGGCGGGUGCCUGGCUGACGGGUCUGGUUUGAUAAAGGAGGCGGCUGGGGUUUGGGAGAUGCAGCGCUUGAUGAACACGUCCGGGCACCCCAGCGGUGGAGCCAGGGCUGGCACUGGUGUCCACCGCUGGGCAUCGCUUUGAAAGUAUGGCAUCCACGUGCGCUGCGGGUCGUGCCAAGAUUCAUCAUGGGGCAGACAUUUCGGGGCUUUGGCGUGCGGCGCUUGAUAAACACGCCCGGGCGCCCCGGCGGGGUCGGGGUUGACACUGGUGGCGGUGUCUCCGUCAAGCGCGGGGCAUCGCUUUGCGUGUGUCUUUCCCCGCCUGUGUGUUGCGGUUCUUGCGCCCAGAAGGUGGCCCACCGGCUUGGUAUGGGGCCGCACGUUCUUCAUUUGCGUGCGGGCUGUUUGCUUAUCUUCAUACCAUGGGAAUAGAAACCGCCGGACCAUAUUCGUGCGAAUGUAAGCCCCCACGUGCAUAAAAAUGAAUCCCAAUGCACGGGCGUGCUCGGUCUGAGAUUAUGCCUAUCCCUUUUCGGUCGUGUCGGUCAAAGUCUGUCAGCUUUCAGCCGCUGCCUGUGUUUGUGAAGUGUUGCAAGCCUUGGAAGUAUGAAGCGUCUGGGCCUUGUGCUAAGUUCUGGCGGUGUGGUGCUGAUAGAUGGCGCCCAAUGUUCAAAGGUGACGGGAAAGAAAUCCGGCGUGAGAAUGGAAGCCCGUCGGUGCUGGGCUGGUGAAGUAGUUUCAGCGUGAGAGUGGAAGUCUGUCAGUUCUGGAAUGGUAAAGAAAUUCAGUGUGAGAAUGGAAGUCCGUCAGUGCUGGAGUGGGAUCAUGUCAGUGCGAUCCGCAAACCCGUAAAAGUUUCUAUGUGCGACCCGUAAAAGUUUCAGCGUGAUAAUGUCUGCUCUUGCUGGAAUAGGAUGGAGGCUCGGGCCGUAUCCCUUUGCGCUAGGUCAGUGUUGGAAUGGGAUGCGUGUGCGAUCCGUAAAAAGUUUCAGCGUGAUAAUGUCCGUUCUUGCUGGAAUAGGAUGGAAGCGCGAGCCGUAAAAAGUUCCAAUGUGAUCGCGUCAAUGUUGCGGGAAUAGGAUGGGCGUGUGAUCCCUUUGCGCUAGGUAGAUGCUCACAGUGCCACCAAGUGGAUGUGGUCAUGUGUUUGCUUUUUCUUUGUCUGUGGAUGGAGGAAGGUGGGCGAUAUAUUGACUCGUAACCAAUGUUGUCGCUAGUAUUUUCUUACAACUGGCGGAGAAUAUUCAUGGCUGGUGGUGGGUAUUUAAGACUUGCCGGAUUGGGUGUCUUGUGUUUAGAUGUACUACAGCAGUCGCCUGAAGAGUAUCGCCAUCACCUUAGCACGGGAGUGCGGUCACGCUUUGCAUGUGCUACAGCUACACGCCACUAGCUUGGCGCAUCUUGGUGCUUAUCUAGAGCUUGUUGGCCUCAUUUGGUUGGCCUUGUGUUUGUGUUUAGAUGCAGUGGGCAGGCCCUUUGCAUGUACUCGGCUACACCUUAACACAGACGAGAGAGAGAGAAGGCGCAAGCUUGUCCCACUGGUCUCACUGUGAUGGCCAAAAGCAAGAAGCGCGGCCCAGGAAGUCCAGAAAUGCACCAACAUCACGAAGGAGGGCCGACCAGCCGGCUCCACUUAGUUUCUCACAUCGUCUGGCGCCUCUUAUCGUUCUACUUUUUGGCGACGUGCAGUCAGUCUGACGCCUCUCGUUUUUCCGUUGUCGCAUGUGCUUGGUGUCCAGUCGCAUGCACAGGCCUCAUGCUUCUGGCAAAGUCUCAGAGGCAGCGUGGCGAAUGGCGCCACUCUCAUCCCUGUGGGCUGACCUGUCCCACCCCUCACACAGAGAAUGGGCGCGGGCUAUUAUUCAAAAUUAGCGAUCCCUGUGCUACUGCUACGGCGGUCCUUGUGCUUUACAGCCACGGCCGCGGUGGCUGGGUCUUUGGCUUCCUUUAGUCGACGGCUCCGGCGCGGGCGGCGUCGUGGGCUGAGUCCCUCGGCGUGAGGCCUUCGCGUGCGGAUCCUCGUGGGCCCCUCUCGUCGUCAUGUCUGCGCCGCGUUCUCAAGUAUUCUGGCUGGCCUCAGUCUGACUCGUCACCCUUCGCCGCUUUUUUGCUCUUCUUUCGUUUAUCUUGGCCUGUCAUAGUUUGCCACUUUUUGACCUAGUUUGUCAAAGUUUGUCACUUUUUGACAUAAUUUGUCAAAAUUUGCCAAAGUUUGUCACUUUUUGACAUAAUUCGCCAAAAGGUGACAAAUUAUGUCAAAAAGUGGCAAAUUUUGACAAAUUAUGGCAAAAAGUGACAAAUUUUGACAAAUUAUGCCAAAAAGUGGCAAACUCUGUCAAAUUGUGCCAAACUGUGACAGGGCUGACAGCCGCAAAAGUUAUGGGCCUUUUGCUACAAACCCGGCAAAGCAAGGGGAGGGCGGUGCGCCAGGCGGCGCGGCUCUUCCCAAGCGUAGCCGCCGGCCGGCCGCCCCGGCGCUUCUCGCGCUCGGCCUCCUACCUAAGCCAUGUCUGCCGCCUCCCACCCGUUGGACGUAGUCGGGGCGCAGCCGCUCAGGCUUGGGCAAUCUUGUCGGCCCGGUCGUGACCAUGCAGCGCGCCGGCCUCGGUUUCGGCGGUUCUUGCUCUCGUCGAAAAUUUCGACGAGAUGGCCCGCCAGGCUUCCGCUUCUGGCCCUCUUUCUGAUGUCUUUGCUGUUGUGUGUUCUUUCUCCCUCUUGGCUUUUUGCUUCUCUCAGUUUGUUGCCGAUCUUUUCCCGUCUAUCGCUCUAGUGCGCUCGGCCUGCUCUCUGCGGUUCUUGCUCUUGUCGGAAAUUUGGACAAGAUGGCGCCCAAGGCCUCGCCUUUUGGGGCUGCCUGCGUCGGCGCUUCCACUUCUUUGGCGUUUAAGACCUUGGGCGCGCUCCUUCGGGUGACUGGGCUCGCCUGUGGCCUCCUCGUGAUCAGUCUGGCGCAGUCUGUUCUGGUCGGGCGGGCUCGCUCUGGUCGGGUGAGCUUUGGCCCGUGUCAACAGUAGCAGGCGUGUGCGUUUUCGGCAGCUCUUGCUCCUGUCGAAAAUUUCGACGACUUUGCAGGCCUCUGCGGUUGGCUCUCUUUCUGCCUCUUGCUCGAGGGGCCAGCCUUGGGCCUUCUCAUGCGCAGCAAAGAAACUGGCCCGCCCCAGUCCUGGCUGCUCUCACCGUUGUCGGAAUUUCUUGACUUUUAGAACCGCGAACACCCCCCGAGCCGGUUCGCCGUCUUGUCCGCUGCGGUUGCUUGGUUCUCAGUCUCGCGCAAUCAUUUCGCACGUGUGGGAGGGGCUGGGACUCGCGGGCGCUGAGACCCCGCAAACUUUUGAGGUAGACUACCAGGAUUCUGGACUCUUUAAAACGACUGAAACCUUAGAACGAACUUGAAAGGAGGGACACACUACACACGCGCGCCACGCUCCUCGGCGCGUCACCCCGUCACGCAGGUACACGCUCACACGUCGUCUGAAAAUGAAUGCUCCAGCGUGCGUCACGCUCUUGGCCUCAGGUGGGUGCGUAUGGCUGUCAAAGGGUUCUUUUACACGCGGGGGGCGAGGAUCCCCGGAGGGACCCUUUUUGGAGGUGUCUGCCGGGGGUGGUGCACUUCUAAAGGAGUCCAUGGGGGCUUCCUCCGCUUCCUUCCAGCUGCCUGCGUGUACCCUAAAGGCCUCCUAUCUGCUGGCCCCUCGCCGGGGCAGCGGCGUGCCUGUUUUGGAAGGCCUCUGAAGGCGGCAAAAGGCGCAAGGCUGGACCCCCGGGGCCGUGCGGCUUGUGCCUUGUCGGCCGUUGGUCAUGGGUUUGCUGGCUCUUGCCACGCAUUUGAUGAGGGCCGGCAACCCAGGAAAAGGAGCCAGGCUUUGGGACUGUGGCUGCCCUCGGCGGCUUUCUACCCCGGAGGCCUCCGUCUUGCGGGGUGCGUCAAAACUUGGCGCGCCGGGCGUCCCCUUGCGCCUCUCUGCAUGUUCCCAGCCUCCUGGCAGGCCUUUGCUGACCCUCGCGGGCUUGGCCUGGGGGCCGGUGUCUGGGGUAGAAGGCCGCCGAAGGCGGCCGCGGUCUCUUGCGGCAGGCUGAUGACCAAGGGCCCGGAGGGUACAGGCCACACAGCUAAGGGGGUCUGUCCUUGCGUCUUUUGCCGCCUUCCUUCGGGGGCCUUCGCUCCACUCCUGGCGCAGUGCUGCGGCGGUGAAGCACGUCGGCAGCCUGUAGGGCACACGCAGGCAGCCGGACGAAGGCAGCGGAUGAGGCCCCCUGGACCCCUUUCGGAGUGGGACACCUUUGGAAGCCUGCCACCCCCAGCAGACGCCUUCCAAAGGGGUCUCUCUGGGGGUCUACGCCCUCCCUUACGCUAGGGGGGGCGCUACCCUGCACCUUGGAACAUUUACAGUUGUUGUAAGUAUUCUUGUUGGGCGUAUUCUUUUAGGAGCAGAUAUUACUAUUGCUGUAUGAACCAAAAACAUUGGUAACUAACUAACACACCUGCAGCUAUCUUUAGCUGAGAUCUCUUUCUUCGUCACUAAUUAAUAUCCAGGUCAGCGCAGAGGAGAAGCACGAGCGGCACGGCUGCCAGAAAGUGUUCUUCUCAGAGGGCUUCAACAAUAAAAGGCAAAAACAAAUAGCAGCAGCCUUGCUUAAGCAAGUAGAAUUAUGGCCAGAUACAGACUUUAUUCUCUUUAUCUCCGAGUUCGAGUACUAGAGCAUCUCAGGACACACCGUGUCCAGUAGACAGUAACACAGUGAAGGUCUGCAUCGAUCCAGGAUAGUGAACCACCACGGCGGAAAUCAAUGAAAAUCUUCUAAAACAAAUUAGAGGGGGUUGCGAGGUCAGCCCAGCGGUGGAACAUUGUGCAGGCGGAGGGGAUUGCAAAGAGCGGAUCACGUUCAUCAACGCGCCCGAUGCCGUCCAGGCAGCAACCGCUGCGUUUCAACGCUCAACGUGGCCGAGUUUUCGGGUUCUCCACAGCAUAGGCAGGAGUGACCAGGUGGGAGAAUUCGCUGAGUGGGGCAUGGGAGAUCUGACGACAAACAUCCAAAAAUACGAUAAGGACAAAUCCGGCAGUAUAUGUCCUGACGAGGCCGGCGAUGCGGUGUUGGAGGGCGGCUUGAGUGCGGCUGUAGGUAGCUUGAGCGAAGUGUUCGGCAGCGCUUCCGGCGGAAUGACGAAAAAAAUGGUGCGAAUGUUCAGCGAGGUUCUGUCUAAAUGGAAGGCUGAGGGGGACCAAGACUUGGAGUGGUUUUUCCGGCGGGAGAAUGUUACGCAUGAAAUUUAAUCUAUUUAGAUAAAUGACGAAAAAACGACAGCGCGCGCACGUAAAGCGCCGCAACCCUUGCAGCAACUUGAGAGACUGCGACACACAUGAAAAACAUGCAAAAACCUAAAGCAGUGGCAUUCUUUGGCGCGUCGCAUUCAUUAGGAGGCCCUUGGUCUGGUGAGAAACUUCCCUGGGGCUUAUUCAUCGCCAUCAACAUGCGCCACAGUCAGAGACCGCGAGAGUGGCACUGCUUUAGGUUUAGCUUUCACGAUUUGGCUUCCGUUCAAUAUUAUAUUUGAGCUUCAUCAUGCAACAAAGUCAGCCACUCUUAGUCUUAGAGGAGAGCUCCACUAGUACUCCUUUCGCGUUCUUUUCCUCCCUCAGAAUUCAUUUCAAGAAUGAACGCGGAGAAGCGCAGCAGCGCUUCUGGCAGCAACGGUUUCGUAGAGGAAGGCGCGUCGCCGUGCAUUAGUCUAAAACGUCUUGGCUCGCCAUCAUCUGAAUCUGAUCCGCAGAAGCCAACGGCGACGGCCGAGAGUGCAGCACCCCCUCCCCCUGGUCAUGGUGAUCCAAAUCUAGAGCGAGAGCAAGGACUCGAUCAACAUCAAUAUGAAGAAGCUGCUGCACAACAAGAACAUGAUAACCACGAAAUACCUGAGGAUGAGGCUGCCACUGGGGGGUCUGAGGAGGCGGGGGGCUAUGCUGCCUCAGUAAAACAAGACGUGGAAGCGGGUGAUCAUGAACUACAAAGCAAUGAAAAUAAGCUCGCAGCUGCGGCCGCAGGAGACGAUGAUGUCGGAAAGGCAGGUGAGGGCACAGAAGCGGCUAGGCAAAAUUCAGAAACGGUUGAUCCACACGACGUGAUCUCUCAACAAAUUGCGGGCCUUCGGCUCCGGAAGUACCUCCGCCGUCUGCUCAAACAAGUACUUUCCGACGGCACGUCGAUGAUCAAGAGCGUAGUAGAUAAGGAGAUCACCAGUACCAAGAUGGACACGCAAUUCGACUCAAAAGAGACGCUCUUUAGACGGCAUCAUCGAGAUCAGCCGCUGCCGCGACCUAUGGGUGACGGCGACCCAGCUGUUGCAGAGUUCGGUGUACAUGAUCUUGACGACGAUGGCGACGACUUUGAUACUGAGAGUUUUGAAGAACCCAAGUGAUUCAUCACUUCUUUCAUUGCAGACGCAGAGAAUAGGAAAGGACCGAAGCGGCAGCCGUAUACGUACGUGCUCCCGUUGUAAUCAGAUUGGUUGUGGUACCGGUCCACGAGGACGACACUGCGACCAC